UCCUGUUUGUUUAGUAUCGUAUUUAUUUUCUGAGUGUGCUAGGAAAGUGUGUAUAUGCUUCUUAUUUAAGUCUUGGAAUAGCAAAUUUUCUUCAUUCAGAUGUAAGUGAACUGUAAAAUUUAACGUUUGUAUCCUUCUCAAGCAGAAUCCUUCCUGGUAGAAGUAUUUUAGAAAUGUUUGAUGUACCAUCUGCACACGAGAGAGUAGUGUAGUCAAAGAAUGUCUGUACAUAUUCUUUGGUGUAGUAGUACCAGAGUGCCUGAGUCAAGCAACAGGCACUUGGGUUCGCCAGAACCAAACUUUCUCAUUACUAACGUAUAUUUUUUCUCAGGAAGAAAGCUACGAAAAUGCUGUUUUGCAAAGCUGCAUUGACAAUAAAUUAACUUCGUCGGAAACAGUCAGGGACUGCUAUUCAUACUGUCUUGAACUGAUUACUGAUAGAAUACUACCUGCAAUUCAACGAAAUUUGACGGUGUCGGCUGCGUUGUAAGGGUCGUUGAAGGAACGUGGAUCAUUGGUGUGUUCCUGAGAAAAACAAAAGAUUUCUGACUGAAAAUAUGUCCGAAAAACAAUAGAUCUGCGGCGACCUUGAUACCCCUAAUUAAAAAGCACGUGGCUGAGGGAUCAACCAUCAUAACUGAUAAAUGGCGGGCCUACUCAUCUUGAGCCAGGAAUUGAUAUUAUGUGCACCAGACCGUCAAUCAUUCUACCAAUUUUUUUAAUCCUGUAACUGGUGCACAUACCCAGUCCAUAGAGUCAAACUGGAGGCCUCUAAUAGUGAAACUGCAAAUAAGUGGCAUUCACAAUAAAAAACCUGGCAGAUCACCUGCUAGAAGUCAUAAUAAUAAUGAUCCAUUCACAGAAAUUCUGAAUGCAAUCAAGAACUGUUUUCCUGUUAUAUAACAGGUCUCCCGCAAUUUCCUUAACAGCACAGUUUUUUGAAGAAAAAAAAAAAAGGCCCUUUUCAGAGCCAUACAAAUUUAACAAAAGAGAUAUGAAAAUUUCAAUGGCUUUGCGAACAGCUAAGAAAGCUCUCAGAUUACAACUUAAGCAAAAACUGAAAAGUAUGUCUGAUGCAGAUAAGCACCGGCAAUCUCAACUAGUAACUACAAAGUUAUUUCAGAACAAGCGCUAUUUAAACAGCCAACGGAUAAGUGUCUAUUUAAGCAGAGAUAUUGAAGUUGAUACAAGACCUAUUUUAGAAAACAUAUUUAGCUCUGGGAAGGAAUGCUUCAUUCCAAGAUAUGACUCUAAAAGUACACACAUGGUGAUGCUGAAGCUCAAAUCACUGGAGGAAUAUGAAAAAAUGCCACUUACAACAUGGAAUAUAAAACAGCCUGAUGCAGAGGAUGAUGACAGAGAAAAUGCUUUAUUAACAGGUGGUUUGGAUUUAAUUAUAGUUCCUGGAAUAGGCUUCACCAAAGAAGGUCAUCGCAUUGGCAAUGGUAAAGGCUAUUAUGAUGUUUAUAUUAAGAAAUGUCAAGAAAUUUUAGGUACUAAAGUUUCAACAAUAGCAUUAGCUUUUCAAGAACAAAUUGUGCCUUACAUACCUACUGAUGAACAUGAUAUGAUGAUAGAUGAAGUUCUUUAUCCAGAGGAAGCUGUGUAGCUUUUCUUUGCAGGCAUAGAAAGAUAGGUACUUACAUAUUAUCCCGUCAACCAUGAAACUGUCACCAAGCAGUGCAGUUUAGUGCCACUUGUGGAUAAGUACAGGGGUUGGGGGAAAAUAUGGAAAAAACUCGUAAAAUGCACGUUUGAACUGAAAUGUUUGUUCUUGCAAAAGCUUUCGGUGGCACUGAUUUGUUUGCUAACGCCACUUACACAACAUCUUCAAUACGUUGCAAGUGUCAUUCAUUAUCAAGACAGUGACAGUGUGUGAGUGCAUCAUGUUAAAGCUUAAUGAAUUCGAAUAUUGGCAACUAGUUGGGGCUGGUAUGGUGGGUGCUUCUGUAACCAAGGCAGUUGAUGUGUUUGGUUUUUCAAAAGGCACAGUAUCUAAGACUUUUAACUCAUACAUGAAAAUCGGAAAAACCUCAUCCACUAAAUCACAGCGCUGACGAAAAUCUGUUGUAUGAUCAUAUCAGAUGAUCAUUGAAGGGGAGUGUGAUGAAAAAUUAGAGGUUAGGUUAGGUUAUUUAAUUACGGCAAAGCCUCGAGGGCCAUCUGCCUAAGGGAAGGAAUGCCUUUGUGGAGGGCUUUCUGAAGGAAACUGGUUUGUGUACGCGUUACACAUGGGG